GCAUUUCGGGACACCUCACUUAUCCGGCCGACGUCGACGACGGUACGAUUGUGUCCAACUGCUGUCUUUUCACGCGGAACACAAGUCUCCGACCAUCGUCGUAUGAUAUAAUAUAAUACAUUAUAUUGCACAUCCAACUGCAUAUUACAUAUAAUAUACACAUUAUAUAUACAUAGGCGGUAAAUUAAAAUAUUACACAAUAGACGUGGCUCUCGACCGAAUUCACACGUACUACGGCACUCGCGGUGUACCUAUAUAAUAGAUACUCGCCGUGACCCGACGACGGACAACGACACGCACGGCGUCCAAAUCAUCUGUUGGUUAUUCCAUCAUCUGCCGUACGCCCGCAAAACACUUCCGGUAUAAUUAUUAUAUCAUUAUACCAUAAUAUACACACGUAUAUUAUUCAAUUUUCAUCCGACGUCCCCAAACAGUCCUCGACGACGAGAUGGCCCGCUGCAACACUCUGGCCGUCGCCAUCAUCGCCUUAGCGCUUUGCUUACACACCAUAUUGGCCUACCCAACUUCGAUCGAACGAGUUUCCGGAGACAACAAUUACUUGCCUCUUCGAAAUUCUCCAUCGAGGGAUUUGGAUCGCUUCAUCGAAAAAUUUUGCAGCGACAACGACGACAAGGAAUGCAAAAUACCGAGUGAUAUGAUAGCUGCUGCGGUGGGGGUUACUCUGGACCGGUUGAACGGCGGUCACGCCAUGAUGACCAAACGGAGUAGUCUGGACCGGCUAAACCGCGGUCACAUCAUGGUGGCCAAACGAGAUAGUCUGGACCGGUUGAACGGCGGCCACGUAAUGGUGGCCAAACGGGAUAGUCUGGACCGGUUGAACGGCGGUCACGUAAUGGUGGCCAAACGAGAUAGUCUGGACCGGUUGAACGGCGGUCACGUAAUGUUGGCCAAACGAGAUAGUCUGGACCGGUUGAACGGCGGCCACGUAAUGGUGGCCAAACGGGAUAGUCUGGACCGGUUGAACGGCGGUCACGUAAUGGUGGCCAAACGAGAUAGUCUGGACCGGUUGAACGGCGGCCACGUAAUGGUGGCCAAACGUAGCCACCCGGAUUGGUUCAACGGUGGUCUUACCGCUGUGGUCACGGGCGGUUCGUUGUCCGGCCGCGGACAGCUUCAGUCGGCUCCAGGACAAACGCAACAGCAGCCCUCCUCCAAGUCUCCGCUGACGCUAAACCGGUGGUCCAAGACGGACGCGCAAUACGACCGGGACGCCUACGACUCGAAAGACAGCGACGAGUACUACGUGAGAGAUGACGAAAACGAUGACAGUAGUUGUCCGAGCUGUGGUUCGUCGGCCGAGGACUCGUCCUUUUAACCGCUGUCGUCCUCGCACGCACACGCGAUUAAACAAUAUUUUACAGAGCGCACACACACACAUACACACACAUAUUAUUAGUUCCUAACUAUACGUAUAUUAACCUAUAUAAUCCAAAUCUAUUUAUACUUAUUAUGGGCACGACGGCACCGAUCGUAAAUAUAGAAUAACAUUAUUAUAUGCGAUAGAAAUAUUAUAUUAUAUUAAAGCGAUUGAAUGCUGAAAAAAA